GCAGCUGAUGAUGCUGGAAUAAACAUGGCCGCCCCGGCGCCCGUCGGCUUCUCAGGCUCCUACAGUCUUCGGCUGGCCGCCGGCCUCCGGUUGCUCCCGCUCCUGGGGCUGCUGCAGCUGCUGGCCGAGCCUGGCCUGGGCCGCGUCCACCACCUGGCACUCAAGGAUGAUGUGAGGCACAAGGUUCAUCUGAACACCUUUGGAUUCUUCAAGAAUGGGUACAUGAUGGUGAAUGUCAGUAGCCUUUCAGUGAAUGAGCCUGAAGGAGCCACAGACAAGGACGCAACUAUUGGAUUCAGCCUGGACCGCACAAAGAAUGAUGGGUUUUCUUCGUAUCUGGAUGAAGAUGUGAAUUACUGUAUUUUAAGGAAACAGUCUGCCUCUGUCACCCUUCUAAUCCUAGACAUCUCCAGAAGUGAACUGAAAAUAAGAUCUCCACCAGAAGCUGGUACCCAGUUACCUAAGAUCAUCUUCAACAAGGAUGAGAAAGUCCUUGGUCAGAGCCAGGAGCCGGGCGUUAACGCUGUUUCAGCAGGCAGCCAGACUCAGAAAAAACAAGACAGUGGAAAGUCUAAAAGAAGUACAGUGGAUUCAAAGGCAACAGGAGAGAAAUCGUUUUCUGUUCGUAAUAAUGAUGGGGCAGUUUCAUUUCAGUUUUUCUUUAACAUCAGCACUGAUGACCAGGAAGGCCUCUACAGUCUUUAUUUUCAUAAAUGCCCUGGAAGUGAAAGACGGUCUAAUGACAAGUUUUCAUUCAGCCUCAAUAUCGAGAUCACAGAGAAGAAUCCAGACAGCUACCUCUCAGCAGGAGAAAUCCCUCUCCCUAAAUUAUACAUUUCUAUGGCCUUUUUCUUUUUUCUCUCUGGGACCAUCUGGAUUCACAUCCUACGAAAACGACGGAAUGAUGUAUUUAAAAUUCACUGGUUGAUGGCCGCCCUUCCUUUCACGAAGUCUCUUUCCUUGGUGUUCCACGCAAUCGACUACCACUACAUCUCCUCCCAGGGCUUCCCGAUUGAAGGGUGGGCCGUGGUCUAUUACAUCACUCACCUCCUGAAAGGGGCGCUGCUCUUCAUCACCAUCGCGCUCAUCGGCACCGGCUGGGCUUUCAUCAAGCACAUCCUUUCCGGCAAAGACAAGAAGAUCUUCAUGGUGGUCAUCCCGCUCCAGGUCCUGGCAAACGUGGCCUACAUCAUCAUAGAGUCCACCGAGGAGGGGACGACGGAGUAUGGCUUGUGGAAGGAUUCCCUGUUCCUGGUGGACCUGCUGUGCUGUGGAGCCAUCCUCUUCCCGGUGGUGUGGUCAAUCAGACAUUUACAAGAAGCAUCAGCAACAGAUGGAAAAGGCAAGAAGUGGAUUUAUUUAGAGAAAAACACACUCCACGGACAGAGUGUGGUCCAUCUCAGAAGGCGAAAGCAGCACCAGGCUGCUAUUAACUUAGCAAAGCUGAAACUUUUCAGACAUUACUACGUCUUGAUUGUAUGUUAUAUAUACUUCACCAGGAUUAUUGCAUUUCUCCUCAAACUUGCUGUUCCGUUCCAGUGGAAGUGGCUCUACCAGCUCCUGGAUGAAAUGGCCACGCUGGUGUUCUUUGUUCUAACGGGGUAUAAGUUCCGCCCAGCUUCAGAUAACCCCUACCUACAGCUUUCUCAGGAAGAAGAUGACUUGGAAAUGGAAUCUGUAGUGACGACAUCAGGGGUGAUGGAGAACAUGAAGAAAGUCAAGAAGGUGACCAACGGCUCACUGGAGCCGCAGGGCGACUGGGAAGGCAGCGCGUGACGGAGCGGCUCCGAGGCGGCGCUGUUGAAGGAGAUACUUAACUUAUUCAUAGUCCUCUUGGUCAGCCAGAGCAGUCGGCUCCUCCCGGCAGUGACACCACGGUGCACGUGGCUGGGAGCGCAGUGCCGCAGACACCUAACUCUUAACUCUUUUCCGAAAGCCGGGUCUGUGGCUGGUGAUGGGCAGCUAGAAUCCUCCUUCAGGUGGGCGUGGUGGGAGGGGGUGUCAGAGGAGGAGGGUAAGAGGAGGACUUUGUUUUUAAUUUCUAUUUCUGGUUUUUAAUUGGGAACUCUUCAGUCAGAUGCAGCUGUGACCCAGGGUGUAGCACAGAAUGUUGGGGGAUGGGGGAUGGCGGGCAGCCAUGUGUCCUCAGCCGUUAAGGGCACAGGAAGGGCCUCUGGGAAAUGAGCGGGUAUCGGGUGGGGACACGGGGGCUCACAAAGAAGGGAGGGGUGGGUAUCGCUGCAUCUUGGGGACAAAACUGAGUGAGAUCACGUUAUUUUUGAAAGCAAAGUCAAAGCCCAAUUUAGUAUUAGGAGCCUGCCCCAGGAUUCUCGGCCCUGAAUGUUGCCACAGACCUUCAUCCCGGAUUCUAAAAUGGCCAGCAACAAUGGUCAUCCAAGGGCUUCGGUGUCACCGUCAGAGUCAGAGCCCUGGUAGUGGCAAAUGGUUCUCUUGACUGAAGUGUAUCCUGUGUUGCCUGAUGGGUGGACGGAAGUGUUUUUAAGUUCAAAAAGCCACCUCCUGUAGGAUUCCUCUGAACGUCUGGCUCCCCAGAUGGCCCCGAGCAGCACCGUCUCUGGCCGCCCUCUCUUCUUGCAGCUGCAUCUCUUUUGUGUGAUCAGAAUACGGGGAAACGGCAAGGACUUUUCCUUAAGGAGCAGCUAGGGGCAGAAAGGAUAAGGUUGAAGCCAAUCCUGAAGUACAGGCAAACCGUCAUCAUGAAAAAGCUUUGCCUGUAAGCCAGGUAGGACUGCCAAAGGGAGGAAGGAAGCAGACCUUGUCCCUGUAUUCCAAGAAUAGGUGUGUGAAGAUGAAGGUGAUUAAACAGGUUUGCCCUCAGGGUGUGGGAAUGGUGAGAUCUUUCACAGAAACUCAGUGAGGUUCCCUUCCCAACUUUCAGAGCUGGGAGAAGAACACGGGUUCCUGAGGAAUGCUGCCUAGGGUGAACCGUAUUGCGGCUCGUAGCCGAGGCAUUUGAGUAAUGGGACAGGCUCAGAAGGUCCACGGUGACAGAUGGCGUAGCAGGGCUCGCUGAUCAUUUCCUGCUAAGGCUUUGGCUGCCGGGGCCUGAGACGGGGACUGAAACAGCACAUCAGGCAAGCUCCCUAGAGCGUGGGGUCCCGGCCCGUUGGGGUGGCUCCCUGUGUCCCCUGCAUCAGAAGCCCGAGCCCUCCCGCGCCUGGGCCUGCCUCCUGGGUGCUGGCCGGUGACUGGCUGGUAGUGGUUCUCUUACCCCUGGCUUGGGAGGGUCGAUCAGAAGCUGCAGGACUUAGGGGUGCUGCUCAGUAUCCCGGUUUGGGAACCUGAAGAGUCUCCUCAGAAAACAGUUGUUUUCCCUCUGCUGUGCCAUUGCCACUUCCUGAAUGCGCAGGGAGGAGGCAGGUGUCCUUUUUAUGCCCUUCGAUGAACCCUCUGUGCUCUGCCUGGUGCCACCUCCGCAGGGGCUUGUUCCUGGCCAGGUGUGGAGGAAGAGCCAGCAUCUUCCAAGGCCACUGCUGCCCGCCUCUCCACAUAUAUUUUAAGGAAGAGCUCGUGUGUCUUCACACCUGCAGGAGGAAGGAAAUCAACCCUAAGUAUUCAUGGAAGGGCCUUUUUUUUCUUCUAAGUAGACUUGGAGCUGUGUGACAGGGGAAGGAAGUGGCAGGGGUCACGGGAGUAUUUUUCAGACUAUUUUCCUGUGUGUAAACACCAUCCCAGUGGUUCAGAAGUGUGUCUCGUGCUGUGGCCAAAACCCCCUUUGGUUCUUCCCUCAGAGGGACGCGUUUGCUGUUUAUCCUGGAAGCAGGUGGUCUUGACUAGACCGUAGACUUCUUGGCAAGAACCAAAGGUUUGAGGAGACCUCCCCCCCCCCCCCACCCCCAAAAAGGUCUCCAUGGAGGUGUCCUCAUUUCACAUGCUGGAAUGGGAAGCGAGUGAGGGUGUGCGUGCGGGCCGGCCCCGGGCCCCAGUGGUCACAGGAGCGCGUGAGCCAGCGGGCGGUCUGCACAUCCCACGCAGCACCUCUGGGCCCACGGAACGGCUGAAUGGCCGCAGUUUCACAGUCCUGACCCUUCUGGAGCAGGAAGGUAUGGAUGAGAUAAGGUCGUGGAUUAGAAAUAAAGCCAGGCCACAGGCUCCCUGGCAGGCGGCUCAUUGGCCCGCGUCCUGUGUUGUAAUGGGCGGCAAGUUUCAAGUCAGGCUGAUGAGGAGGAGAAAUCGAAACCCCAGCCCUGGAUUACCAGGUGGUGGUUCAGGUCUUUAGAAAAUCCAUCCCCUUUCGCAGAAAUUUGUUCUUUUUCUCUGUGACGUAAUGACUGUGGACAGCAUGCAGCGCUGCUUGGAGUAAAGAUGCCCGACUGGGGUCCGAAGCCAAGUAGUUUCCCCAGCCGGCAGCCCGCUGCCUGCAGCCCGACUCUCACAGUCCACGUGGGCUCGUGGUGACACAGGGCUCCAGUGGUAAGCCCUCUCAGUAUUUCAGGGGCUGGGCAGAAAGGAUCGGUGCACAUCACACAGGGAUCCGUGGUGUUUAUAGCUGCACUUUGCGCCCCUGCUCCCCACUUUUGCCUGCAUGAAAUACCCGUGCUUCCUCCGAGAAACUGGCCGUGGAGUGGCGGUGCCGCUGGCUGUGAAAUUUUAGGAAGUAAAGGAUCUGUUUUCCUUUAAUAAAGUGUGUGUAUUUUGCUAGAAAACUACUUCUUGGACAACAAGAGUAAUCAUCAUUGAUGUCUCAAUCCUGACUCUUCCUAACAGUGGCUGAAGACUCCAUCAGCCUGUUUCUCUGUCCCUCAGUGGGUUAACAUUUCAGCAGCAGUGCCUCCACUGAAUAUGUCUGCUGGCUCACUCUCUGGGAAGGAGAAGCUUGCUCUAGUGUAAAAGAUGGUUUCUCACAUCAUAGCCUGAGUCAGUUCAGUUUCCUUUCAAGAAACCAGUUUAGAGUAAAAUUUCCAGUUUUUUUUUCCCCCUGGACAUGUCCAGCCAGCCAAGGCGGCCCCCAGUCUCUUCAUAAAUCCACUCUACGGGGCUGUCACGGCAGCAAGGUGCGGCGAGGUGUCUGAUCCCUCGUCGUGAUCUCACCACAGCCUGCUCUGCCCCUCCUCCUCUCCCAUUCCCUCUUUCCCUCUUCCCCCACCUCCUCCCCUCCCCCUUCCCUCCCCCUUCCCUUCCCCUCCUCCCCACAGCUGCCUCCUCCCCCACCUCCUCCUCCUCUUCCUCCUCCUCCUCCCCCCCUUCCCUUGGCCCUCGCCCAUCAGUUCCACAUGGGCUUAGUCUGGGACUACAGGCUGAAGCCUUUGGUGCAUUGCAGCAUUUUCUCCCAGCAGCUGUGUGAAGGAUGUAUUUUCUAAGCAAAGGAGAAUUUUAUACCGAGAGCACAUAUUAUUGCUGUGGACUGUAUAUGAUGUCCUGUCCUUGAACAGAAAUGUAUGUCUUGUUUUAGUCCUUACUGACCAAGGAGCAGCGUCAGAGAUGCCGGUUUUCAUUGAGUGGCUCUGGCCAUCUCCCCCAUCCUGGAGGUUUCCUCUGAGGGAGGCUGCCAGGACCUGAGACAGUCUGAUGGGUGUUGGCCCUGUUUGUACACCCCAUACAGCAGCAGGCCUUUGGUGCUUCCUGCUGCCGAGCAGCAGAUUUCAGAGGACAUGGUCCUCGCCCCUCUUCCCCCCUACCCCAGCUCCAUACUGCACCCUUGCUUCCCUGACGCACCCCUACCUUCAACAGAUUCUGAAUAGCCUGAGUCCAGGAUGCCUGUGGCCUGCUGCUUUUUUUUCUCUCUUUAGAAUUCAGUAAAUUAAUGGCUUCCCCACUGAAGAAGUUAAGUUAGACUUUGACUUGAUACCUCUUGGUAUAUCAAAAACCAUACCAGGCGUUCUAGAAGAUCUGCCCUUUACUCCAGUUUUCUCCAGGGUGUUUCUGGCAGGUCUUAAAAGAGCUCCACCUGAGUGGGUGCUAAUACUUGUCACCACCACCUGGAAUGUAGUUAUGGAUUGGCAAGCCGGACACUCUCCACAUCCCCCCUGGGCCCCUUCUGUUACCUGGCGAUGCAUCUGCCCUUUCUGCACAGCCUGUGCUCGAAAGAUGUUUUUCGGUGGCUCAUUGCUAGGAUGUGGAUACGCACAUCCCCUGAGAGGCUGUGUGAAGAAAGCACACGGCGGGGUGGGGGUGGGCAGGGAGAUGCAGGAGCAAGGAUCACGGCGGACCAGGGACCUUUGGGAUUCUAGUGGCAGGAAGUCUGCUGGCAGGCCAUUUGGGAAGGAGUUCUGGAUAAAGUCAGUAAAGGUCAAGGUGAAACAGAAAAGCUAGCUUGCUCCCCAGACAGCAGGCUUAUCUUGGGGCAGGGUUUGAGGUUUCGUGGUGGGCAGCUAAACCAGUCAGGGGGCCACACGGUCAGCCUUCUUAGCAUUUAAGAUACUCAUUACAAAAGGAUCCAAAAAUCCUGUCCACAAAAGGGGUUUUUUUGACGCCUUAAGCAGCUUUUGCAGAUGAUAAAUUGGAUUGCCUAGUCAUGUGACCUCAAAAGAACUCAGACACAUCCAAUCCAGAAAUAAGUUUCACUGGGGGGAGAAAAUGUCUGUAAAUAUCCUUUGCUUUCCAGGUUAGAUUGCAGAAGGAGUUUUCAGUAUUUUUUUUAAAAACACUGAUGAUCAUUGAAGAGUAUUUAUGUAAGCAUAUAAUGGGUGGGGGUCCCGAUCAGGGUGAUGUAUGGGGGAUGGAUUCUCUUGCUAUGAUGCAAACAUGUAAAAUAAAGAUUCUAUGACGGAAA